AUGGUUGAUGAAAUUAUCAUGAAACAGGAAUUUGAUGAUACUAUGCAAUAUCGCGAGUGCAAAUCAAACAGUUUUGUUAAACCUAUUGGUUUCGAAGAUUUUCAUAGUCGUUGUAUAAUUGACUUCAUCGAUUUUCAAUCACUACCUGAUGGUGAUUAUAAAUACAUAUGCGUGUAUCAAGACCAUUCGACAAAAUUUUGCAUUUUAAGACCUUUAACUUCAAAUAAAGCUAAAAAAGUCGCAGAUGUGUUAUUAGAUAUUUUUUGUUUGUUUGGUGCACCGGUUAUUCUCCAAACAGAUAAACACAGGGAUUUCAGAAAAGAAAUGUUAUGUAUACUACGCGAAACGUGGCCCGAUUUAAAUAUAAUUUAUGAGAAGUCACAGCAUAGGAAGUCGCAGAAGAACAUUGAACAUACAAAGCAAGACGUAGAAAAUAUAUUGAUAACUUGGAUGCAAGAUAAUAUGACUAGUAAAUGGAGCGAAGGACUUAGGUUCGUUCAGUUUAUAAAAAAUAAAGUACAUUACCUUGGAACUAAAAAAAGUUCAUUUAAUGAGAUGUUUGGAACUGAUCCACAGACUCAUUUGUCAUCGAAUAUAUUGUCAGAUAAAGUACUACAAGAAAUUACACUUGAAAAUAGCGCAAGUGAAAUUGACAAAUCAAUUGCAGAGUCAUCAAAACAAAAUAAAAAACGAAAACAUAGAGAAGACAGGCAAGAUGUGAAUGAAAAAUUUGAAAUACAAACAAAAAAAUAUAAAAAAUUAUCCAAUGGUCAAUGUGUAGGAACAAAAGGUUCUUCAGUUCGAAUUAAAGUUAUCGAUUUGAGCAGAAAGUUCAGAGAACCUCGAUAUAUUACUGCUGUGAUUCUCAGAAGGACGGACGAUGGAUUUUAUCAACUCGGAUGUAAAAGUGGCAUACUGGAUGAAUUAUACAUUAUUUCUCAGUUCACAUUAUGUUCCGAAAAUCUUUUAUCAUUGAAUGAUGUACCAAAAUGUAAACGAAUUUCACUGGAAACUGCAUUAGAACAGUCUGUUGGAAAUGGCCAAAAUUAUUUUAAAUGAUCGUGUAAAAUAAAAUAAAUGCAUAUGUCGAAAAAAGCUGUAAUGUAUAUU